AUGACGACGCCAUACGCCAAGUUGAAAGCCACGCUCAUCGCCUGUUUUUCAAAGUCAGAAGAAACUAAACUGCGUCAGCUUCUAGAUGGCGAAGCGAUCGGUGACCGAUCACCUUUACAGUUCCUCCACCAUCUUGGUUCAUAUCUUUUUGUGUAUCUAUAUGGGCGGAUGAAAUGCAAGCCUACACCAGUAGGAUACCAACUUCAUGCAGCAAACGGCUCGCUGAUCGAAACAUACGGUUGCAUCACUCUGUCGCUAAACCUCGGUUCACGUCAAGAAUUCACGCGUAGAUUUAUCAUCACUGACGUCACGAAACUAAUCAUUGGUGCCGAUUUCCUGAGCCAUUUUAACUUGUUAAUCGACCUCAAACAUAAACAAUUACGUGACGGCUUCACCGGUCUCCAAACAAGCGUGGAUUCAAUACGCUCGGAUGCAAAGUGCAUCAAAUUAAUUGAAGGUGAUACAGUUUACCAUAAACUGUUAUCAAUCUACCCGGCUAUAACUCGGCCUGAAGAAAUAACUUCAGCCAAGAAGCAUUCUACAGUGCACCACAUCAAGACGAAACCUGGACCUUCAGUUUCGUGUAAAGCGCUACGUUUCGCGCCCAAUAAAUUGAAAAUUGCGCAGGAAGAAUUUCGCAAGAUGGUUCAACUGGGUAUCACACGUCCAUCGACUCGUCCUUGGGAAUCUCCACUCCAUGUUGUACCCAAGAAAUCUGGAGAUUGGCGACUAUCGACCACUCAAUGCGCGUACGAUACACAAUAA